AGGGACUCCGGGCUGCAGGUCACGCGGGAAUCUGGGAGCCAAGAUGCGGGCUGUCGGGGCCGCGGGAGUCGGUGUGCUGUGGGCGGUGCUGGUGGCUCUGGUGCCGGGCGGCGUGUCGGAACUGGUCACGCUGGUGCAGGAGCGGGUCCAGCCCGAGUCCUCGCUGCUGCCGCCGAAGGUCCUGAUCGCGAUCCUCGCGCGCAACGCGGCGCACAGCCUGCCGCACCACCUGGGCUGCCUGGAGCGGCUGGAGUACCCGAAGGAGCGCGUCGCCAUCUGGGCCGCAACCGACCAUAAUGUGGACAACACCACUGCCAUGAUGAGAGAAUGGCUGAAGAAAGCCCAGCGUGUCUAUCACUACGUGGAGUGGAGGCCGAUGGAGGAGCCCAGGUCUUACACGGAUGAGUGGGGCCCGAAACACUGGCCUCCUUCCAGAUUUAACCACGUUAUGAAGCUGAGACAAGCGGCUCUGAAGGCGGCGCGGGAACGAUGGGCUGACUAUGUCCUGUUUGUCGACAGUGACAACCUGCUGACCAACCCUCGAGUGCUGAACUUGCUGAUGGCGGAGAACUUGACCCUGGUGGCUCCCAUGUUGGAGUCUCGCUCUCUGUACUCCAACUUCUGGUGUGGCAUCACCCCACAGGGUUACUACCUGCGAACCCCAGAAUACCAGCCCAUCCGGGAGUGGAAGAGGCUCGGCUGUUUUCCUGUUCCCAUGAUCCACAGCACCUUCCUGUUGGACCUGCGCCGUGAAUCCAGCCGGGACCUAACCUUCUACCCUCCUCACCCGGACUACAGCUGGGCGUUCGAUGACAUCAUGGUGUUCGCCUUCUCCGCACGUCAAGCAGGUGUGCAGAUGUAUGUGUGUAACAAAGAACACUACGGUUUCCUUCCUGUUCCUCUCAAGCCUCAACAAAGUGUGGAAGAUGAAAGAGAGAAUUUUAUACACACCAUUACAGAAGCGCUGAUUGACCAUGACAUCGACCCCUCAGAGUUCAUCUACCCACCUCCUGCGCCCAUGUCCAAGAUAGGAUUUGACGAAGUUUUUCUGAUUAAUCUGAAACGCAGGCUUGACAGAAGAACCAGGAUGUUGAAAACAAUGGCCUCUCUGGGCCUUCACGCCACACUGAUCGAUGCGGUGGACGGCAAGGCUCUGAAUGUGUCUCAGCUCCAGGCGCUGGGUAUUGAAAUGAUGCCGGACUACAAGGAUCCAUACUCUGGCCGUAUCCUAACCAGGGGGGAGAUCGGCUGCUUCCUGAGCCAUCACUCUAUAUGGACACAGGUGGUGGAACGCAGCCUCCAGAAGGUUCUAGUUUUAGAGGAUGAUGUGAGGUUUGAGCCCAGGUUUAAACGGAGGCUUCAGGCCAUCAUGGAUGACAUAGACAGAACCCAGCUGGACUGGGACCUCAUCUACGUGGGGCGUAAACGGAUGCAGGUGCAGCAGCCAGAGCAGUCAGUGGAGGGUGUAAACAACUUGGUUGAGGCCGACUAUUCCUACUGGACCCUCGCCUACGCGCUGUCACAGCAAGGAGCCAGAAAGUUACUGGCUGCUCAGCCUUUGGCCAAGAUGCUCCCCGUCGACGAAUUUCUUCCCGUCAUGUUCAACAAACACCCCAACGCUCAGUACAUGUCUCACUUUGAGCGCCGGGACCUGAGGGCCUUCUCCUUGGAGCCACUACUCAUCUACCCCACCCACUACACCGGAGAGCCGGGCUACAUCAGUGACACGGAGACCUCCACCAUCUGGGACGAUGACGCCGUGGCCACAGACUGGGACCGGCAGCACGCCCGCAAGACGGCCCAGCAAGGCCGCAUCCGGCCCAUGGCACAGAACAGCGUCACCGGAGACUCGCCACCUCCUGCAGCUCGAGCAUCACGAGACGAACUCUGACCCGGAGACGUGCAGACGUACACCAUGAAGGUUCUCACACUUGAAAAGACACUGAAGCUGGAGGAGAUGUCCGUCUUAUCUGCUGCCUGAGGAGGGGACAGUAACAAAACAGACGAUGAGCUGAAGCUGGAAUGAAAACGAGCACAACGUUAUUUAUUCUCCAUGCAUUUCUGGUGUGCACGAGGACUGGAUCACAUCCUGAAGAUGGCUAGCAUCAUUUUCAAAAUGUGAA